AUGGCCCGGAGCGCGGAGCGAGGCUGCGGGGGCGCGGGCUGGGGGCUGCGCGGCGCCCUGGCCGCCGUGGCGCUGCUCUCUGCGCUCAAUGCCGCGGGCACGGUGUUCGCCCUGUGCCAGUGGCGCGGGCUGAGCGCGGCGCUGCGGGCGCUGGAGGCGCAGCGGGGCCGGGAGCAGCGCGAGGACGGCGCCCUGCGCGCCUUCCUGGAGGAGCUGAGUCGCGCGCCGCGCCGGGGGCCCCCGCCACCCCGGGACCCCGCGGGCGCCGCGCGCAACAAGCGCAGCCACAGCGCGGAGCCCGUGCCGCACCUCCGCGCCGAGAGCCAGGACAUGCUGAUGAUGAUGACCUACUCCAUGGUGCCGAUCCGCGUGAUGGUGGACCUGUGCAACAGCACCAAGGGCAUCUGCCUGACAGGCCCACCUGGCCCACCAGGACCGCCAGGAGUUGAUGGGCUACCAGGACACAACGGGUCGGAUGGACAGCCUGGUCCCCAGGGCCCAAAGGGCGAAAAAGGAGCAAAUGGAAAAAGAGGAAAAAUUGGGCUACCUGGAGCCACAGGAAUUCCGGGGGAAAAGGGAGACCCUGGUGAACUGGGCUUGACUGGAAAUGAGGGCCCCGCAGGGCAGAAGGGUGAAAAGGGGGACAAAGGGGACGUGUCCAAUGACGUGCUCCCUGCAGGUGCCAAAGGUGACCCAGGCCCACCAGGCCCUCCUGGCCCACCUGGGCCCCCAGGCCCUCCAGGUCCCCCAGGGCCCCCGGGAAGCAGAAGAUCCAAAGGCCCGCGGCAGCCAAACAUGUUCAACGGCCAGUGCCCAGGUGAGACAUGUGCUGUCCCCAAUGACGAUACCUUGGUGGGAAAAGCCGAUGAGAAAGUCAAUGAACACCAUUCCCCACAAGCGGAAUCCAUGAUCACUUCCAUUGGAAACGCAACGCAAGUGCUGAAGGUCACGGAGACAUUUGGGACUUGGAUACGAGAGUCUGCGAACAAGAGUGAUGAGCGGGUCUGGGUGACUGAACAUUUUUCAGGCAUCAGGGUGAAGGAGUUCAAAGACCAGCCCUCCCUGCUGAAUGGCAGUUACUCGCUCAUCCACCUCCCGUAUUAUUUCCACGGCUGUGGGCAUGCCGUUUACAACAACUCUCUCUACUACCACAAAGGAGGAUCCAACACCAUAGUGAGAUUUGAAUUUGGCAAAGAAACAUCCCGAACUCUGAAGCUUGAAAAUGCCUUGUAUUUUGAUCGAAAAUACCUCUUUGCCAAUUCCAAGACUUACUUCAAUUUAGCUGUGGAUGAAAAGGGCCUUUGGAUUAUCUAUGCUUCCAGUGUGGAUGGCUCGAGCAUUCUGGUAGCCCAGCUGGAUGAGAGGACAUUCUCUGUGGUGCAGCAUAUCAACACCACGUACCCCAAAUCCAAGGCCGGCAACGCAUUCAUUGCCCGAGGGAUCCUCUAUGUCACGGACACCAAAGACAUGAGGAUAACAUUUGCCUUUGAUCUGUUAGCAGGGAAACAGAUCAAUGCAAAUUUUGAUUUAAGAACUACUCAGUCUGUUCUUGCCAUGUUAUCAUACAAUAUGAGAGACCAGCAUUUAUAUUCGUGGGAAGAUGGCCAUUUAAUGCUUUAUCCUGUGCAGUUUUUGUCAGCUGCAUUGAGCCAGUGACGCAAUGCAGUCUGUUCCCCUCUGUAAACUUCCUAUGUCCUCAGGCACCAUUUCUAUCCCAACAGAAAACUGUCUUUAAGGGGAGCCAGGGACUUCGCUGUCAUAAUUUCAUGACAUGAGUCCUUAUAUGGUUGGUAAAUGCCCUUUAAAUUCAGGUCCUUUAGAGGAAAAUAACAGAUUGGAAACCAAAUGGCUGAGAUUUGGUAAUUCCUCCACAAACCAGCUGGGCAAGUUACCUCUCCCUUCCAUAGGUGAUAUGAGAGGGCUGGCUAACAUGAUGGGUAAGAUUUUCUCUACCUGCAGGGAAUUCAGUGUUUCUUGGCUAUUGCUGCUCUACAACUUUUAUAUAUUCGGGUGUUGUCGUUGUUUUUGUUUGUUUGUUUUUAGCCAUGUGCUGAGCAAAUUGACCUCUGAGUUGAUCAGCCCAAUUGCUUGAGCAAUGAAUUCCUUAGUGCCGACUUAUAUUUGGCACCUUGAAGCUGCCCUGGCCCUUUAAGGCUGCUGAAGUAGCACAUUACCCAUAGUUUAUUACCUUUCUCUGCAUCUGCACCUGCCACCACAGCACCAGAACGGCCAGUAUCCUCUGCUCCUGAUCGCUGAUCCCAGAUUAGCAAAAGCAGCACAGCUACAUGUGCAGGUUUCCCAGUAAAACAGCUACAGGCCCCUCCAGGUUCCUAUCAGCUUCUGAUCCUGCUGGUUGGCAGCAGUGGGUCAUAAACUGAAUCCUCGGGUCUCGGGCUCCUACCACAGCUGUGUCUCCGCUGUCAGAGUACUAAAUAUUGUGCGGGCAUUAACGGGCUACAACUAUGGGAAGCACUCCGCAGUUUUCAGAAGAGAAGCACCAUUUGUGGUUAACUGGAACAGGGGCAGGCAAACUAUGGCCCUUGGGCCAAAGCCAUCCCCUCAACUGUGUUUGUAAAUAAAGUUUUAUUGUAGCACAGUUAGUUACAUGCAUUAUUAUAAUUAGUCUGUGGCUACUUUUGCUCUAUAAUGACGGAGUUGAGUCACUACAAGAAAGUUGAGUAGUGGCCUCAAAGCCUAAAACAUGGGCCGUCUGGCCCUUUGCCCUCCCUUGAUUUAGAAUAUAAAGAGAGCCUGUUUUUGGAAGGGCAUAUUCACCAGAGCUGUUUGUUAUGUUUGGUUUAUUCCAGACCAAGAAGUGGUCAUUUAUAUGGUUUGAGUUUUUGAUAGAGGGAAAGGGUGAGGCCAGCAUAAAACUAAGUGGCCUUCCAAAACGCAGUAGUGAACUAUCCCUUCUCUGAUGUCGUUUGAAAGGAUGUGCUCUGGUCCUCUUGAAAGCAGGAGAAAAUCCAGUUUAACUUACUCCUAAACGCCCUUGAAUACGUCUAUUUCUGCCAGCUUCGUUUUCAAACAUACUUCAGCCAGGCCGGGCCACUGAGAGCAGAGAGGAAUCUACACAGGUACUGGGGUCCUGCAGCCAGGAGGGCACCUAAGGAAACUGACGUAGAGACUUUCCAGCAAUUUGCCCUCAUCGAAUACAUGCAUGUGUUUGGGGGAAAGCUUCUGCAGCUUUUUGAUUGGGGCUAAAUCUAUCCUCAUUGACUCUGAGUCCUGGUCUUAUACCUUACUAAAAGAACCAUUUUCAAACUCAGGGGGUGUACAGAUUUAGAUUUUAAAUCUCUCCACCCCUGAAAAUACCCAGGCAGUUAUGAGGGAACUUUUUGUUGUGUUCUCAAAAUAAAGGUUUCUACAACUCCC